AUGUCCAAAACCCUCAAGAUCGCUGUUAUUGCCGGCGAUGGCAUUGGCAAAGAGGUUAUGCCCUACGGCGUCCGUUGUCUUCAAGCUGCAGCAAAGAAAUACAAUAUCGCCCUCGAAUUCAAGGAGUUUGACUUUGCGAGUUGUGACUAUUACGCAAAGCACGGCAAGAUGAUGCCUGAUGACUGGAAGGAUACUCUAAUUGCAUUUGACGCAAUCUAUUUUGGCGCAGUCGGCAUGCCUGACCAAGUCCCUGAUAAUGUCAGUCUCUGGGGCAGCCUUCUUAAAUUCCGUCGCGAAUUCGACCAGUAUAUCAACCUAAGACCGUGUCGCUUAAUGCCCGGUAUUCCUUGUCCACUAGCUGGUCGCAAACCAGGCGAGAUCGACUUUUGGAUCGUGAGGGAGAACACAGAAGGAGAAUACUCCAGCGUUGGUGGGAUCAUGUUUGAAGGAACAGAACGAGAGACUGUAAUUCAGGAUACCGUCAUGACGCGAGUUGGAGUUGAUCGCGUUCUCCGCUACGCAUUUGAUCUCGCGCAAAGUCGACCGAGAAAGAAGUUGACAAGUGCUACCAAGAGCAAUGGCAUUAGCAUCACCAUGCCCUGGUGGGACAAGCGUGUGGCGGAGAUGAGUAAGAACUACUCUGAUGUUACAGUGGAAAAGUACCACAUCGAUAUUCUAACAGCACACUUUGUCCAACGACCCCAAAUCUUUGACGUCGUUGUCGGUUCCAACCUCUUUGGCGAUAUUCUAUCUGAUCUGGGCCCAGCAUGCACAGGAACCAUUGGUAUCGCGCCAUCAGCCAACAUCAACCCAACAGCCAAUUUUCCAAGUUUGUUCGAGCCAGUCCAUGGUAGUGCACCCGACAUCUACGGAAAGGGCAUCGCGAAUCCUGUGGGUAUGAUUUGGGCUGGUCAGAUGAUGUUAUCGCAUUUCGGAUACAGUGAUGCUGCGAAUGGUAUGAUGGCAGCUAUUGAGAACGUACUAGCAAGGUCGGAUCCUGCUGUUAUGACUGCUGAUGUAGGAGGGAAAGGAAGUACACAGUCACUGGGUGAGGCCAUCGAGAAGGAAAUACUUUCUGCUUAG